AUGGCCGAUAUUAGCUGCUCUCUUUGUUAUAGCGUACUUAUUGGAAUUCAAAAUCUGUCAUAUUCCAAACUUAGACAAUAUUUCUCUCAGUGGAAAAGUAAAAUGAAUUACAGUGCAUUAGUAUUAGAUAUCGAAGGUACAGUUUGUCCGAUAUCAUUCGUUAAGGAUACUUUAUUCCCUUACUUUGUGGAAAAGGUUCCAAUAAUAGUACAAAAUAUUGAGCAACAAAGCAAUAUAGUGAAGGAUAUCAUAUCUCAAUUCAAUGUUGAGGAUAAAGAUGCGCUUGCAAAGCAUAUCCUCGGUUUAGUUGCUGCAGAUAUUAAGGAUCCAACCUUAAAACAAUUACAAGGUUUCAUAUGGGCAGAAGGUUACAACUCAGGGGAGAUUAAAGCUCCUGUUUAUCCAGACGCCAUUGAUUUGAUCAGGAGGCAUAACAAUGUUUAUAUAUACUCUAGUGGUUCUGUAAAGGCUCAAAAAUUAUUGUUUGGUCAUGUGGCUGACUCCAAUGGAAAAUCUAUUGAUAUUAAUAGUGAGAUCAAAGGAUAUUUUGAUAUUAAUACUUCGGGUGCCAAGGUUGAAUCGUCGUCUUAUGUUAAUAUCCUGAAAGAUAUUAACAUGGAAACUACACCUGAGAAAAUUUUAUUCUUGAGUGAUAAUCCAAAGGAACUUGAUGCAGCUAAAGAAGCUGGUCUAAUUACUGGACUUGCCAUAAGAGAAGGUAAUGCUCCUGUUCCAAAUAUUAAUGAUUACACUGGUUAUAAGAAUUACUCCACUUUAUAA